AUGCAAGUUAAGGCUGACCGUGAUGAGUCUUCUCCUUACGCUGCUAUGUUGGCUGCCCAACAAGUUGCUGCCAAGUGUAAGGAACUCGGUAUCAACGCUCUCCACAUUAAGCUCAGAGCUACUGGUGGUACCGGUACCAAGACUCCCGGCCCUGGUGGUCAAGCUGCCCUCCGUGCUCUUGCCCGUGCUGGUAUGAGAAUUGGUCGUAUUGAGGAUGUCACCCCCAUUCCCACUGACUCUACCCGUAGAAAGGGUGGUCGUCGUGGUCGUCGUCUCUAA